ACCAAACGUGCUCACGCGCAUUAUGAGCUACCGUUUCAUUAUUUUGUUGACGUUUCGCUCAGUCUACGCGCCACCUUUGACAGGCAUGGACGUAUUAAACAUACACGUUAAAUUUACGUAAAUUAUGACAGUUGAUACUAUAAAAUACAUUGUUCGAAUUGUUAUUGUGACGGUGUUGUAUUAUGUGCUGUUAGACGUGGUUAAAAGUAUUAAACAAUACGUGACAAGUUAAUAUCUGUUAAGUUUGUGUUAACAACUGUGAAGGUACGGAACCAUAUAUCCAGCCUUUAACAAACGCGUUAGACCAGCGCGGUGCAACAAUGGCGGACGCAGACGCCUGGAAUGUAACGGAGGAAAUUGCAACUAACCUGAGACCCAGCGAACUAUCCAAAUUUUCUCCCGGUCUCCUAACAUUUGCUGCAGUUGUGACCGGCUUCAUUAUGAUGAUAGGAUUGUUCGGAAAUCUACUCACCGUUGUAGCUCUUCUCAAGUGCCCGAAAGUAAGGAAUGUCGCGGCUGCUUUUAUUAUAAGCCUCUGCAUUGCUGAUUUCCUGUUCUGUGCUAUGGUGCUUCCGUUCGCUAUAUCUGGUUUCUGGACUAGGACAUGGUCCCAUGGUGGAGUGCUCUGUAAGCUGGUGCCUUUCCUACGCUAUGGAAACGUUGGAGUCUCAUUACUGAGCAUAGCCCUUAUUACUUUGAACAGAUACAUUAUGAUCGCCCAUCAUAGCUGGUACUCCCGCGUCUAUCGCAGAUGCAACAUAGCCUUCAUGAUCGUGUUUUCAUGGAUGUUCUCCUACGGAAUGCAGAUACCCACACUCAUUGGCAUUUGGGGUAAGUUCGACUACGAUGCUGAACUGGGUACGUGCUCAAUAGUACCAGAUGAUAACGGCAACUCCGCGAAGACAGCACUCUUCGUGAUAGCCUUCAUUGUCCCAGCCUUCCUCAUUCUGAUAUGUUACGCACGAAUUUUCUGGGUUGUCCACAGCUCAGAGCAACGUAUGCGGGAACACCAGCGGUCGCAGGCAAAUCAGAACACGCUGAACAACGGAACCACAAAGAGAUCCACCAUCAAGGACACCCGGGAGACGAAGGCACGACGAAACGAAUGGAGGAUCACCAAGAUGGUGCUCGCUAUCUUCCUCUCCUUCCUCGUGUGCUACCUGCCGAUCACCAUAGCGAAGGUUGCUGAUAGUCAUGUACACUACCCUGUGUUUCACAUAGCCGGCUACCUGCUCCUAUACGCAAGUGCCUGCGUGAACCCUAUAAUCUACGUUAUAAUGAACGCGCAGUACCGGGCGGCGUACGCGGCUGCCUUGUGCUGCCCUCUGUCGCGAAUCUCGGGCUUAACCAGCGAGAAAUGGAACGAGCGUCACGGCUACAGCUUCAGCAACACACGAACGGUGCUCAGCCAAGUGUCACUGGACGAAUCGAGGACAGAACCUCGGGGCACUACUAUCCCCCGCAAGUAAUUAUGGCCAGCCCCGUUCCGGUUCGGCCAAUAGCCUUUCGGCCGAAGACAGACACCGCUAUAGGUUCGCAACGGAAUUUAAAAACUACGAGAUUCGAAAUCGAUAUCGAUAAAAUCUAGCAGCUUGCCGCUUGAUGUUGAUGUACCAUAGACAAUGCCAAAUAUUUUUGUAAAUGUUAAUAUCAUUAUACACUAAAAACUAAGUAUGUUUUUUUGCCAAAGGUAUUUAACAGUUUGUAAUAAUGGAACUAAAUGAAAUGUUUACCCGUAUUAAUGAACUUUUUUUUUUCUUAUUUAUAAUAAUAGGUGAUGGGCCAACGGUCCAUGUGUAUAUUUCCCAUAAUGAGCCAAAUGUGACUAACAUUUUAAUUAAAUUAUAAUAAACAUAUUUGGACACUGAUUUUAGUAAGUAUGUUAUAUAAAUGAAUUAUUUAAUAAUUAUUAAAAAGAUUGAAUUUAUUCCGUCCACACCGAGCGACAAGCUGCCAACAGAAAUAUUGUAAAAUAAUUAAGUACCUUUGUAACUAAUUUAUUUUUUUUAAAGUUAAGGGUAUUAUUGUAUAUUGUAUUAUAAGAUAAGAAAAAAUCUCCCUACAAGAGCAAUUAUUUUAUAAUUAUGUGCCUACUUACUGCAUUAUGUUAAGUUUCAUGUUACAUAGCUACUUUUGAACAAAAUGAAUUAGUAAGUUUUUAGCAUUUAGCCUAGUUAGCAGUUACUUUGAUGAUGCAGUAGUCUACUUUUAGAACUUCAUUUAUAUAGAAACUUAGGCUGAUAUCUAUACAGUUUACUUAGACUUUGCUUAGGCUUUACUUAUGUAAAUCUUACCUGAAUUCAAGCUUAGUGUAAUCUUAUGAUUAUAAUAUCUUAUUACAACGAGACUUAACAUCUUAUGUCUCGAGGUGACGAGCGCUAUUGUAUUACCGCUCAGAAAUUUUGUGUUUUUCAAUAAUCCUGAGCGGCACUGCAUUGUAAUGGGCAGGACGUAUCAAAUAUCAUCGACUGAACUUCCUGUUCCUCUCGUCCCUGAACUUAUGUAAUUAAACAUAAAAAAAUCUUUGUAAGUUUAAUCUUUUUAAUGUUAUUUGACAAUUUGCUAAGACAAAACUAAAGUGCGCGGUUUAUUAACAUUCUCCAUUUUUCUUAAACAAUUAUAACAACAACAAUAAAAAUAUUAUAUUAUUGAGAUAAAAUUGCUAGCGAAUUUUGAAAGGAAAUAAACUAAAUUUACAAAAAAAUAAGUAGCCAUAAACCAUCUAGGAUAAAUUUCGCAUCGAAUGGUGGUAGUUUCAUGUCGAUACGAUCAGUGGUUUAGGCGUGAAAGAGCCUCAAACAAAUACCAUUUUCAUUAUAUAUAUAAAAUGUAAUAAAUUUUUAUGGAACUUGACAGUUAUGAAGACACAGGGAAUUGUCCAUUUCUGGUUUCUUCGGCUUACAGUCUAUGUUUUUCCUAAGUCGUUGUUAUGGUGGGCUUAAGUGGAAGCUAAGUUUAAGCUUAGUUCGUACUCAAAGCGAUUUUUAUAAAUACGGACUUUGACUCACUAGAUAAGUCCAAGCAAAGUCUAAGUACUAGCUCUAUAGAUCUCAGCCAAGGUCUUUGUGAUAUUUUGCAUAUAAAAAAAUAUAUUUUAGAACGGUAAUCAUAAUUUCCGUAUAACCACAGUCCACAACGUAACUAAUAUCUAUAAGCUCUUUUUUUAAUCUCCAUUAUAUAAUAUAAUUUCAAAUGAAAUCGAGUCAAUAUUUUAGCUUUUUAUAAUAAUAAAAUUUAAUUUAAUAGUACAGCUACUUUAAAUUAAAUCUUAUAAAAGCGGAUAACUUAAGUUAUAAUAUAGGUAUCUCUUAUUAAUUGUUGGUGUAUGUAUGUUAUGUUGUAGAUAGCUCAUUUUGGUAUUUAUUUUGAGGUUAGUAAAAACCCACCUGACUCGACAUCCAUUCCAUAUUAUUAACAUGAUAUUAGUUAGAAUUAAAAUAUAAUAAGACAACUAGAUUUUACUCGUCAACUUUUUAUAAAGAUUAAAAAACUAAUUUUAAAUAAUAACCAAGUGCCUUUCUGCACCUGCUGUUGUGGAGCCUUCAGUCCUCGAGCGUUGGAACAGGGAUGGGACUUUGUCAUAUUUCCGUCUGCUUGUUAUCAGCAUGUAGUCGAUUAUUAACAAACUGAACUUUUGAUUGGUUAUUUCUGAACUUGACGUCUUUAUGACGUCACCAAGAUGGCGGCCUAUCUCUGUCUCAACGCGCGGGUAUUAUAUUAUGCUAGUAGUUUUUACGUACCUACUUAACUCGUUAAGGGCCUACCUUCAAAAAUGCCAUAUUUACUUCCUUCGAUAAUGAUGUGAUCAAGAGUUCUAGUUUCUUGAUACAUUAUUUUUGACCAGUGCUGCCUUGAAAACAAGCCUCAAGGAAAUUCCUUUACGUGACGUUUUUAACCGCUCCAUUACUAAACAACGCAUAAUUUACCUACAUUAUUUUAUUAUAUUCUAUUUACAUUACAUAAAUUGAAAAAAUAUAUUAUUAUUAAUAAUAAUUAAAUCUUGCUGAGUUGACUUACUUCUGGGCUAUUUUCGCCCAAUUGCUAUUUCUUUUACCUCGUAUUAAGGUGAAAGACAUUAUGCGUUUAAGCUAUGUCUAUAUUACAUUGACAUUUUUGAAUGUAUGCCCUUAAUAACUUUGCUCUCUAUUCUCCACGUAAAAACUAAUAUUUUAAUAACAGGGCGAAGACCAUAGACAAUUAUUGAUGUUCUGUAAAUAGAGCACCAAUUUGAAAUUUAUUAAUCUAAAAUUGGAAAGGUUAGGAAAUAGGAAAGUUACUUUGUUUAUCUACUUUAUAAAUUCGCUACCGAGUAUGUGCGAAUCUCGUAGAAAGCGAAUACCACUUUUAUUAUGACUUUCCCGCGUUUAUUUGUAAGUUUUUUUUUAUGAUAUUAAGGGACAGGUUCAGCUGAUGGUAAUUGAUACGCCCUGCCCAUAACAAUGCAGUACCGCUCAGGAUUCUUGAAAAACCCAAAAAUUCUGAGCGGCACUACAAUUGCCCUCGUCACCUUGAGACAUACGGUGUUAACUCUCAUUUGCCCAGUAAUUUCACUCGCUACGGCGCCCUUCAGACCGAAACACAAUAAUGCUUACACAUGAUAAAAUGAGAAUUAUCACAAUUUUUUUUUUUAUUUAUUUAGUGAGAAUUAUUGACAACAUUGUAUUGACAAUGUUGUCAGCGAUAUAGUCCACAUUUUGUAUAUUUUUUUUUAUUCUCAGAAAUAACUAUAUGCCAACUUUUUUUGUAAGGCUGUAAAUCUUAGAAUAUGUAAAUGUUCUUAACUAAUUAUACUCUUUGUAAACCAUCGCUUGUUAAUGAAAUACGACGUAAGGAUUAAUGUAUUUGGAAACAUUCCGUUUUAUUUAAAAUAAAAAAAGACCAUGUUAACCAAUGUAACCAAAGAAUUGGUAUUUUAGUAGUCUUGAUAUAUAAUUUAAUUAUACGAUAGGAUAGGUAUUUGUAUCAAUAAUUUUACUAUUUAUUAAAAUGCCAUAUAUGAGAUUUGUAGAUAAUGUUAAAACAAAUUGUAAUUUAAUAAAAGAAUAUGGUUUGUAUAAUGGUAUCCUAAUUAUUAUAAAAUUGACAAUAAGACUUGAAGUUGUUAAAAUAAAAAAUUUAUGAUUUUU